AUGGAUCAGGCUGGGAGGUCUGAUAUCCUACUAAAGUUACUGCUGAUAGGAGACAUGAACGUUGGAAAAAGCAGUCUUCUGUUCCGGUAUAUUGAUGACGGCUUUAGUGACACCUAUAUGAGUACUAUUGGAGUAGAUUUUAAGGUCAAAACAGUCAUGGUUGGGAAUACAAGAGUUAAACUACAAAUCUGGGACACAGCUGGACAGGAAAGAUUUCGCACUAUCACUUCAACAUAUUAUCGUGGUGCUCAUGGAAUUAUCAUUGUAUAUGAUGUGAAUGAUGUAAGAACUUUUUGUAACGUUGAAAAGUGGGUACAAGAGGCACAAACAUAUGCAGAUGAAGGCGUAGCAAGAAUAUUAGUUGGUAAUAAAAAUGAAAGUGAAGAACUAAAGACUGUAGCUACUUAUGAUGCCCAACGGUUAGCAGCUAAGAAUUCGUGUUUUUUCAUUGAAACAUCUGCCAAAAAUGAUGAAAAUGUUGACCAGAUGUUCGACAUUAUUACAAGAGAAGCACUUCGUUUAAGAUUGAAUGCUAUUCAAAAGCAACAAGAAGCUCAACAAACAGUUGUCCAACUGACUCCUAUCUCUGGACUCAAAACAAAACAAAAAUUAAAAUGCUGUAAAGGCUAAUUGAUUUCAUCAUCUGACCAAGCACGGCCAAUUAUUUAAAAAAAUGAUUAUCGUCAUAAUGAAACUGCAAACAAAUCAGAAAAAUACCAUUUUCCUCAAAGCUGCUUAUUGUAAAUAAUAUCAAAUUGAUAUGAUAGAAAAAAAAGAUGGAAGAGGUAGAGGAAGAGAAAGAAAGAAUGUAAUAUGCUGUGUCUCAUUUCUUUCAUUUUUUGUCUUUUGAUCUUUUCUGAUUUGUAGUAAUUUUCAUGAAUUUAUGUAUGCAUAUAUUUCCUUGUGUAUCUCAGCUGAUUUUGCUUUUGAAAAAACAGGGAAACUCGCAACGAUUUUGAAAAAACAGAAUCUCUUUUUCGUUUCUGUGAUCUCUAAUUUACGUGGUUUCACCACUUUAUUAUUAUUGUUAAUUACUUUUAUUAUUCUUUUAUUAAGCUAAUCGACUACAGUGUAUGCAUAUAUAUAU